CAAGUGAGGCUUGGCCAUUUUGCUGAAAAUCCUGGGAAAUCUUGCAAGCAUAUUCUUGAGUCAAAUGACUCUAAAGGAGAUGGGGAAUACUGGAUCGACCCUGAGGGCAAAGGAAACUCUUUGAAGGUCUACUGUGAUAUGAAAACUGACGGAGGUAGGUGAAAGGUACCAAGAGAUGAUACCGCAUAAAAAUAUGCAUCGCAAUCUGUCAUGUUCAAAUCAUUAAAACUAAUCGAGAUAUACACACUAUUUAAGAUUUCGCAUUUCUACCUAGAACACUUUAGAAUUGAUGUGAGAUGUAUCGUCUUUAUUUAAUAUUGCUUGGAGGCUGGCUUCUUACAUCCAUCUCUAUGGUAGAUAACCCGACCACUCCUCCCGCUUGGACCGCUGAGCCAUCGUACCGCGGGAUCAUCAAAUUCACCAAUCACAAAAUGGGUAUCACAAUUAGCGCCAUGAAAGAACUCAGAGGACACUUGCGAUUCACUCAGAUGAGAUUCCACUGCAGUAAACAACAGGGACGUACGUUCCACGUGACCACGGCCGCUAACAGCUCUGGUGAAGCUGUAGUCGAGUAUUUUAGCAAUCAGACGAACACCCAGCCAGACUCGUGUCUCUCUUUUGUUAGAAUGAAAGAUGACAACUCUUAUCUCUCCAGGAAUUGUUCCAGAUGGGGAAACGACAGAUCUUCGAACUUCGGGAAGUGGGGGCAUAGAAAUAAACAAGGCGAAACACGUUUGUACGAUCUCACUGCACAUGUUGAUAAGCACUAUAUCUGGAAGACAACCGGGAUAUAUCGCCUGUGCGACGACAAUAAGAACGAUACCUUUAUAAAUUUGUCAAAGGGAGACUUUUGGAAGAUUUUUGUUCGUUAA